AUGGGGUGGAGGGGGGAUGCUGAUAAACUGUCAGUGGAGACAGUCGUCUUGGGAAGCGAGUGGCUGCUGACGCCAUGCCGUGGACUCUCGAUUGGAGUCCAGUGCCAAGAAGGAGUGGCCUUAGAGCCAGCUGGUUGCGGCGGUGGAACCGGAGGUUUGGCUUUGCGACAUGGUGCUGUCGAAGUGAACCAGGAUGCUGAUAAAGCGUCAAUAGAGACAGAGAUCUACCUCCUCGAGUUGCCAACCAGCCUCAACGGACUCAUCGACUUGGCGUUCCGCGUGGACAUUCGGAUUGACCACCUGGGGGCACAGGCCGGUCACACACGUAUUCUGGGUACCCCGGAGAGUGGCAACUCGAGCCAGGAGAACAUGGUCGGUCCCGUCGUUGAUCACAAACCCAUGAAGAUUACAGUCAGCACACUCAAUGGCCAGGAACUGCCUCACAUCACCCACUCUACAGGACCCAUAACUCUCCACACCUCUGGCAACCAUAUCAAAACCCUUCCCCUCCUCUUCAUGGACUCUCCUGUUGCACCCAUCAUGUUGGGUCACCCCUGGCUGGAGGAGGCUACGGUUCUGUCAAACGUGUCCGCGGAGUACCUGGACCUGAAUGAAGUGUUCAAGCAGCACAAAGAGAUGUGUAAAGGAGACGGUCGAUUCCUCUGUAAGGUUCAGAGCUGUGGGAAAAGAUUCAGGAGUAAAGAUGCCCUGAAGAAACACAAAGGCAACGUCCACACAGGGAGUGCUCGCAGGAAGUUAGUAUGCACCAUCUGUAAUAAGAAGUGCUCAUCCUCACUCAACCUGCAGGAGCACUGCAAGGUUCAUGAGAUAUUUGACUGUCCUGACAGAAAAACAUUAAUCUCCAUGAUUCAGUUGAAGCGACACAUGAUCACACACUCAGAAAAGCGUCCGUGCACCUGUGAGAUCUGCAGCCGGAGUUUCAAGCGUCUGGAUCAGGCCACUGCUCUCAAGAUAAUCCAGAGUAAAGAUAAACCGUGCAAGUGUAAGCUGUGCUGGAAGGAGUUCACCCAUCGCAACUUCUACAAGAACCUCGAAAAGACUCAUUGAGAGGAAAGGCCUUUCCAGUGUGAGGAGUGUAAGGCCCUCUUCUGCACCCCGUUCUCCUUACAGCGCCACCUCCUCAUUCAAACCACUGAGAGAACGUUUAAGUGUGACCAGUGUGAUGCAGCCUUCAAGCACAAGGACACACUCAGCGUGCACAUCCAGGUUAUACACGAUGGCCACAAGAAGUACAAGUGUGACCUGUGUGAGAAGGCCGUCGUCACGCCAUCUGUGCUCAAGAGCCACAAGACGACCCAUACAGGAGAGAAGGAGAUGAUCUGUCUGUACCGAGGCCAGAAGUUUGCCUUGAGUUGGCCAUUGAGAGUGCGUAUCCGCAGCCACAUGGGUCAGUACCUCCUCUUCCAAACCGUGGACAUGGUGACAGAGAGCAUGUUCAUUAAAGAGCCUUUAUAG